AAACGGAAGUUACCGUUCAGAACCUGAAUCGGCACCGCCGACGAGUUCAGCGGCUCUAGCCGACCCAGCACACACAUAACAUGUUAGGACAUGUCUAGCCGGACGGCCUGUAGGCCGGUCUCUGUCCCGCUCAUGGCGGGGGUUAAAGAGGCUGAGUAGGGUUCUUUUUGGCCGUCUUCUCCGUCCUCAGAGCCCGCCGAUGUGAUGAGCCGCGCGGCCUUUGAUGGAGGGAAGACAGCUGCGGGGUGGAUGUUACAGAGCUCCUCAAAGUUUCCUGUUUGGAUCAUCGAGCAUGUCUGGGCUCAUAAGAUGAUGGAUGUAAAAGACGUCAUUGACCCAUCCAGCUGGCCAGAUGUGGACUCCCAGCCUCUGAGCCUCGAGGACUCGUGGAGGCUGCGCGUCGUCUCUGCCCAGGUUUACUCCAUCAUCAAGAACAGGGAUGUGAGGAACUUUGAGAGAGUGGUGGGCUUUCUGGAGACAACCCACAGACUUCUACCUAGACUAGUGCCUGCCAUCAAACACAUGAAGGUCGUGUUUGGUCUCAAGACCAUGGUCAUUAUGUGGAUGCUGAAGGACGACAAAGGAGUGAUCGACAUUGUGUCUAAAGUUGGAGAGUUCUUCCCUAAUAAACUACCUCAAUAUCAAGAUCAGUGUAGCCAACGUACCAUGUUCCUCAUGAGGAAGAACCACCUUGACUUUAAGAGUCUUGCACAAACACUCGCCAUAAACAAGGACAGACUGGAAGAUUACAUCAAGAACCAGAUGGAGGAGCAGUAUGGGGAACGCUACGCUCAGAAAGUAGAGGACAGGGUUCUGCUCUACCUACAGGAGCUGGAGGCUUCACUAUCAGGAGAGACCUACAUCGAUAAGAUACUGAAGAAACAAAGUCCUGUGACAGCGGAGGAGAAGUUACUCCUGGAGGUUAUAACCUCAGACUCUAAAACCAUUGCAUCGGUACUGAAGAACCUGCUGCACUGUGAUGUUUCUGCCUGUUGGCCUGACAGUGGCCCUCAGUCUCCAGCUGGUGAAGUCUCUCAGCUCUCAAAUACGUCUUUGCACCGGAGCCUUACGAAGUCAGGAGAAGGAGAAACUUCAUCUGAGCUUCAGCCAGAUGUUCUUGGAAAAGGCGGAGAAGCCGGCCAUGAUCCGUCUGAGAGUCCUCUCUUGUUUGUGGAUGAUUCAGAUGCUGGAGAGCAUCGGCCCCCGGAGGAGCAAGAUGAGAGGAUAAAAAUGAAAGACAAAGCAAGAAAUGACGAUAAAGACGGGAGCUGUCAUCGCAAAAGCAGGGAAUGUGGUAGAGAGGCGACUUCCUGUCCUCAGUUCUGCUCCAAACACCAACGAUGGGUGAAAAACAUCCUGCAAGGAUGUUCAGACGAAUGCUCAGAAGAGCUGCUGCUGCAUCAAACCAUGUCUUCAUCUCCUGUGCUGUUCCAGUCAUCGUCCUCCACCUCUUCAUCUCGGGAUCUCACCCCGUCCGACCUGGUCCCCUCUCCUGCUGAUCAGCCACCAUCACAGACCUCUGUCCAGCUUCAGGUGCCAGAAGCAGCUAAAACCAGCUCAGGAUCUCUGAUGGAACGUCUGCCACGGCCCACUUCAUCACAAAACUCUCCACCGCCUCGAAUGUCACCAGUGGUCCAACUGCUGGACAUCGCUUCCCUCUGGAGGAGCCGCCUCAGCUCUCGAUCCCAACAAGAAGGUUUUCAUCAUGUGAUCAAGUUUACCAGCAAACAGUCAUCAUCUCGUUCCAGCUCUCUGGUUUUUGCGCACUGCUGCACAUCAGGAAGGAAAGACUCCAUGUUUGUUUUACCAGAGCCUCGCCGAGCCGCUCGUGUGAAUCAGGACUUUCCUGCUCGCUCCAGCUGUCGGCUUCCGGCACAGAGAAGCUUUUCCACACUCUCAACAAAGUUCAGCCUGACUUCGACCACCAACAGACCAUCUCUGGCUUUAAAGAGGAGAUCUUCAGCUGAGCAGGUUGUGAAGAACCCAGGAGCUUUAUCCAACCGCCUCAUCAAAGAGUCUAAACCUUUUAAUGAAAGUCUCUCAGAGAACAGGUCCUCCCAGGAGGCCGACGGCCAGAACUCCACCAAACCGGAUCUUACAUCGCACACCGAGUCACUUCGGUCCAAACCGCCCUCGUCGCUCGCCGCUAACCCGUCCGCCCCGUACGUGAGACUUACCCGGCUGAGCCUGCAGGAGUGUUUACGAGCGGCAGAAGGGAGGCGGCAGGAAGCGCUCGAGCAAGGCAGCGGUGAUGACGAAAGAGCAACAGAGAUGGAAGAAGACACCGAUUCUUCCUUCGAUGUGAACGCGCUUUUCUCGAGCGAUUCUUUGAGCAGCGGCGACUCGUUUUCCUACGACCCCGACUACAAACCGUGCACUAAAAAAAAAAGACCUCUUUAGGGUACGAGAGCACGUAGCUCAUCUGUGAGAUCAUGUGAAAAGGUUGAUGUAUUUGUGACAUCACUCCAGAAGGAUGCUUUUGCAUGAAAGUCAGACUUUGGUGCUCAGCGACAUUCACAAUGUUUGUGAAAAGAGCGAGAGCCCACACCAGAAGCUCCGCGUCAGCGGAUGGUCCGACACGACACAGGCCUCCUGUCACAUCUGUUUUAUUUAUCUAGUUAUGUCUCCUCUCCUGAUUCGGCCAAUCAGCUCAGCGGCUCCGCGCAGCUCAGACAGGAAGGUGACGCGUAAAAGGCAUGAGAGGAAAACUACCAAGGGUCAACACGGAGGUCAACGGGAACGUUAUCUGUGUUUGCGGAUGAAUGUGCUCUGUGCAAUUGGAGGGGAUAGAAGACGUGCCUGUCCUUUGAGUCGGAGGUCAAACCAGGACACCGGGGGACCGGUUUUUGACCCAGCAUCGAUCGAGAAGUUUGACCUUGAAUAAAACGGCCUGCACACAAAAGGCAACGCUCACAGUUUCACCAGUUAAACCAUCUUAAAGAACCAGUGAAGGUGGGGAAAUGAAGCAGAAAUCAAAAUGUGGAUUAAAAAGGAAAUUGUUAAUUUUCUAAGUGCUUUUAAUAAUGAGCAAAUGUUAUUUUCUACUGAAGUAGCAUUUAGCGGUCUGGAGAAUGCUGAUGUCAUGCACCGGGCUUUUAAAGAUGCUCCAGCGGUGUGUUACUGAGCGCGUUCGCACUUUUAGGGACAUCUUUUUAUUUAAUCAAGCCAGAAAAGAUGGCUGAAUGUUUUGGAGAUUUGUGUGUGUUGAUGCUUAUUUUUAUUAAUAAUUGUCUCCAAAUAAACAGCUUUUCAGAGAAUGUA